AUCCAGCAAUUUCUUUUCCGUGUUUCCUUUUUGAGAGGCAUCGUUACUAUUACCUUCCUCUUACAAGCCGAAAAAAUUCCAUAAAGAGGAGAGUCUCUGUUUCUUCGUCAACAAAUCUUCAAUUCUCUCACGACAGCUAACGCCGCAACCACCUCCGGCGACGGCGGAUUGUCAUUCGUUGAGUUGGGUUUGUUUGUGGGCUUAAUUGGUGACAGCAGUCAGCAAGCGAGAAAAAAAAACAAGAGAGAAGAAGAAGGAUGGCAAUAGCAGCUCCUGGGCAGCUGAAUUUAAACGAAUCACCAUCAUGGGGAUCUAGAAGUGUUGAUUGUUUUGAAAAAUUAGAACAAAUUGGUGAAGGCACUUAUGGGCAAGUGUAUAUGGCAAGAGAAAUAAAGACAGGUGAAAUUGUUGCUUUGAAGAAAAUAAGAAUGGACAAUGAGAGAGAAGGGUUUCCUAUAACAGCAAUAAGGGAGAUCAAGAUUUUAAAGAAAUUACAUCAUGAGAAUGUGAUUAACUUGAAAGAGAUUGUGACGUCUCCAGGUCCAGAGAGGGAUGAGCAGGGGAGACCAGAUGGUAACAAGUAUAAAGGUGGGAUCUACAUGGUUUUUGAAUACAUGGAUCAUGAUUUGACUGGUCUCGCUGAUCGUCCUGGGAUGAGAUUUUCAGUUCCCCAAAUUAAGUGCUACAUGAGGCAACUUUUGACGGGGCUUCACUAUUGUCAUGUGAAUCAAGUGCUUCAUCGUGAUAUAAAAGGUUCUAAUCUGCUCAUAGACAAUGAGGGUAAUUUGAAGCUGGCAGAUUUUGGGCUUGCUCGGUCAUUCUCAAAUGAUCACAAUGCAAAUCUUACAAAUCGUGUUAUUACUUUAUGGUACAGACCCCCAGAGCUGCUGCUUGGAACAACAAAGUAUGGUCCAGCUGUUGAUAUGUGGUCUGUUGGUUGUAUUUUUGCUGAACUUCUCCAUGGGAAACCAAUUUUCCCUGGAAAAGAUGAACCAGAACAACUAAAUAAGAUUUUUGAGCUAUGUGGAGCCCCUGAUGAGUUUAAUUGGCCUGGAGUUUCCAAGAUUCCUUGGUACAACAAUCUCAAGCCAACAAGGCCAAUGAAGAGGCGUCUAAGAGAGGUUUUCAGACAUUUUGACCGUAAUGCUUUGGAGUUAUUGGAGAGAAUGCUGACUCUUGAUCCCUCUGAGAGAAUAUCUGCCAAGGAUGCACUUGAUGCUGAGUAUUUCUGGACUGAUCCAUUACCUUGCAACCCCAAAAGUUUGCCAAAAUAUGAAGCAUCACAUGAGUUUCAGACUAAGAAAAAACGUCAGCAACAAAGGCAGCAUGAAGAAAAUGCUAAGCGUCAGAAACUGCAGCACCAGCAGCAGCAUGGUCGACUUCCCCCCACUCAACAGUCUGGGCAGGCACAUCCACAAAUGCGUUCAGGCCCUAAUCAGCCCUUGCAUGGUUCUCAGCCCCCAGUUGCUGCAGGGCCUAGCCACCAUUAUGGGAAGCCUCGAGGACCUGCUGGCGGACCAGGCAGAUACCCCCCAAGUGGAACAAGUGGGGGAUACAACCACCCUAAUCGUGGUGGUCAAGGUAGUGGUGGUUAUGGUAGUGGGCCAUAUCCUCCACAGGGGCGAGCUCCACCAUAUGGCUCAAGUAGUAUGCCUGGUGCACCUCCACAUGGGAGUGGAGGGGGUAGUGGCUAUGGAGUUGGUGGUCCAAAUUAUCCUCAAGGUGGUCCACCUUAUGGUGGUUCUGGUGCUGGUCGUGGUUCGAACAUGAUGGGUGGAAACCGCAACCAACAAUAUGGUUGGCAGCAGUAAACAGUUUGAGUAAUUGAUGUACCAUGAGACCUCAUGAAACAAAACUUUAAAUGAUAAAAAGAUUAUCCGAGUGGUUGAUGAUUGGACAUCAUCUUCUAUGCUUCAGAGCUCAUCAGAAUGGAUCACCGGAAGAGCCUCCCUUUAAGCAUUUGUACAACCCAGAGUUCUCCGAGUGUAUCACCAUACUUUAAUAAAUUAGAGACAUCUGAGUUGAAGGUGCUUUGAUUUAAUGAACUGUGUAUCUUCAUUAAAGAAAGAAAAAUAAAGUACUCUGAGCCAUUUCUGUGAUUUAUGCUCAGGUUUGUGCACAGCGGGCUUGUACAUUUGUGAGUCAAACUAUUGCAAUGUUAAAUAAGAAGUGUGGAUGCUUGUCGAACAGCA